GCCGCGCCCCGGGCAGCGCCGGCCGCGGCGCGGAGCGGAGCGGGGCGAGGCGCCCCGGGAGAGGAUGGUCCCGCCGCCCGCCCCCGCCGUGCCGGGCCCGCUGGCCGUGCUGGACCCCACAGGACAGUUUGCAAAAAGGAAGAAGACUUCCCUUUGGUUCACAGUCGCACUGCUGGUGGUGUCUGUUUUCAUACUCACCAUAGGUCUGGCAGCUACCACACGAACAGAAAAUGUUACUGUGGGAGGCUACUACCCAGGCAUUGUUCUUGGCUUUGGAUCUUUCCUAGGGAUUGUUGGCAUCUACCUGGUAGAAAACAGACGACAAAUAUUGGUGGCCUCCAUUGUGUUUAUCAGCUUUGGUGUUGUAGCAGCCUUCUGUUGUGCAAUAGUUGACGGAGUGUUCGCAGCACGACACAUAGAACCCAGACCUCUGUAUAACAAAAGAUGCCAGUUUUAUUCAAGUGGAAUAGGAUUCCUAUAUGACGCCUACCAGACUGAGGUUACAUGUCAUACCUUAAACAGCAGGUGCCAGCUGAAAGUGAAGAGUAACACAUGCUAUUGCUGUGAUCUGUACAACUGUGAAAAUUCAGACCAGUCCUCCAGCUACUACGAAUUUCUUGGUGUGAGCAGUUGUCAGGAUGUGCUCCACCUGUACAGACUGUUGUGGUCCUCCACAGUCCUCAACAUCAUUGGCUUGUUCCUGGGGAUUAUCACAGCAGCCAUUCUUGGGGCAUUUAAAGACAUGGUACCUCUGUCCCAAAUUGCCUUCAGUGCUGCACCUCCUCCUCAGAUCCUGUACAAUCCUGCCCAGCAGAUCCUGACCUACGCGGGGUUCUGUCCUUCUGCAGCAACAAUUUCUACCUAUCCCUCCUACCCACUGCCUCUUCAGCCUGCCAGCAAUUUUCCAGGAACAUCAUCUACUGACAUUUCUUUAUCAGAAGAAACUCAGCCUCCAUCUCAGUCCAGCUCCAGCUAUGGUCUUCCCCCAAAUGCUCCAGCCCUCUAUACACCAACUUACUGCUUGCCUGGGGAAAAGCCUCCACCUUAUGCACCAUAGAACGAAGAAAUUAUUUUAGUAGCUGGUAGGCUUUUAUUUUGUUUUGAAGAAACUUCUGGAAACUGUGCUCUGCAGGCACUAGAUUUCCCAAAGGAGCCCAGCACAGAGUGUUACUGCCACUCUGCUUGUACCCACAUCUCCCUGUGAGCAGAGCAGAGCCCUGGAGCUGUGAAGGCAGGCAUGUCACCACUCAGUGUGCCUGCAGUCAGAUGUAGUAGAACUUUCUGGCUACUGUAAGCAUGAGAUGUUUCCCUCCCAGUCCACUGCAGAAUAGAUUUUCUUCAAGAGGGAAAAUGAAGAAAAUAUUCCAGAUAUGUGUUCUGCUUUCAUGAACCAGUAUUGAGGGGUUUUAGCCUGUGUUGUCUGAGUGAAUAGCUGGGAGCUCCCAGAGUCAAUAAUUUUGGGUAGCAAGAGUCUGCUUGCUUGUAGUGUUUAAUAACUCUUCUGGUGAAAGUGUUGUACCAAUAAAGUGUGGCAGUUAUUUUACAAUAAA